GAAGGUAGUUGCCUCUGCCUGUUCUACUCCUGUUAACUGAGGACUGUCAACUUUUCAUUCCUUUCAGCACCUGGUCUCUUUCCAGAGCAGCCAGUGUACUCCGAAACAAAAUGUGGUGCUUCCUCUUGGUGUUCUACGUGGUCCAAGGAAUUGUAUCUUCAGAACCCAAAACUGCAAGUGUGAAUCCUGAAGUAUACAUGAAUAUCAGUGAGAUUAUCCGCAAUAAAGGAUACCAAGCUGAAGAAUAUGAAGUGAUAACAGAUGAUGGUUACAUUCUCACAAUAAACAGGAUUCCUUGUGGUAGAAGUAGACAACAGUUGUCAUCUAAAAAGCCCGUUGUGCUUUUGCAGCAUGGUUUUGCUUUAGAGGGCAGCAGCUGGAUUGCAAAUAUGCCGAACAAUAGCCUUGGAUUCAUGCUGGCAGAUGCUGGCUGUGAUGUUUGGAUAGGGAACAACAGAGGCACCUCCUGGUCACGAAAACAUCAGAACUUGACUGUUAACCAAGAACAAUACUCUGCUUACAGUUUUGAUGAAAUGGCCACAUAUGACCUUCCAGCAAUAAUCAACUUUAUCCUGGAGAAAACUGGAAUGCCAAACAUGCAUUUUGUUGGAUUUUCUCAGGGUGCCACUGAAGGAUUCAUCGCAUUUUCGUCUAUGCCUUAUCUGGGUCACAAGAUUAAAAUGUUUUAUGCUUUGGCUCCAUUAAGCACACUUAAGAAUUCCCCAAGCCCGUAUGUCAAGCUACUUUCCCUACCUGAUGGAAUAAUCAAGAUGCUUUUGGGCAAGAAGGAUUUCUUGCUGAGGAGUGAGACUAAGAGAAACUUCACUAGUAACAUGUGCAGUUCUAAAAUCUGGAAGAAGUUGUGUUCUUGGACCCUUUCAAUUGCCGGAGGUUCCAAAGAGAACCACCUGAACAUGAGUCGGAUUGACGUAUACAAGUCACAUUUUCCGGAUUCAACAUCUGUUCAAAAUCUACUCCACUGGGGACAGGUAUACAAAACUGGACAACUUAGAAAAUUUGAUUAUGGAAGUGAAAACCUGGAUAGAUACAAUCAGUCUGAACCUCCUGCAUAUGAACUAGAAUGUAUGCGAGUAAGAACAGCCAUAUGGUAUGGUGAAAAUGACUGGUUUGCUGAUCCUGCUAACAUCGAACAAUUAACCUGUCGACUCCAUGAUGUAGUAUAUGAAUGUAAAAUACCUGACUGGACUCACUUUGAUUUUCUUUGGGGUCUUGAUGCUCCUCAGAAAGUUUACAAUGACAUAAUUAAGCUGAUCAUGGAAGACCCAUAUAAUGUAAAGAAACACAAAUAA